UCCCGCAGAGGACUUCCGGGUCUUGCGCGCCUACCUGGCUUUACGGCGGGGGUCCUGCCGCCCCGGGGUUCCUCGCUUUUUUUGGCUUGUUUUUAUGAUUCAAGGCUUCACCUUCCCCCACGACAUCGAAGGCCCUCUGCUCUCCGCGCUCUCCAGACUGCCACGAAGCAGGGUUACGCGGGUCAGCCCCCCGUCUUUCAGACAGUCUCGUAGGCCCGGUGCCCUACGGGAAAGGCAGGAUUUCACUAGAAUAUUGUUCAAAGAAAGUAUCAUGGAAGUUCUGCGCCCACAACUUGUAAGAAUUGGUGGACGGAUUUAUAGAAAAAAUCCCAUCCAAGAACAGACUUACCAACAUGAAGAAGAAGAUGAAGACUUCUAUCAAGGCUUUGUGGAGUGUGCAGAGGAUCCCUGUGAUGCCUAUGAGGUGGUGCAGACACAGCAAGGUUUCCGGUGUACGGUGAAGGCCCCCAGCUUGCUCUACAAGCAUAUAGUUGGAAAGAGAGGGGACACUAGGAAGAAGCUAGAAGUGGAAACCAAAACUUCUAUUAGCAUUCCUAAGCCUGGACAAGAAGGAGAAAUUGUAAUCACUGGCCAGCAUCGAAGUGGUGUAAUAUCAGCUCGAACUCGGAUUGAUGUUCUUUUGCUGACUUUUAGAAGAAAGCAGCCCUUCACUCACUUCCUUGCCUUUUUCCUCAAUGAAGCUGAGGUUCAGGAGAGAUUCCUGAAGUUCCAGGAGGAAGUACUGGAGAAGUGCUCCAUGGAUCAUGGGGUUGAUAGCACCAUUUUCCAGAAUCCCAAAAAACUUCACCUAACCAUUGGGAUGUUGGUGCUUUUGAGUGAACAAGAGAUCCAGCAGACAUGUGAGAUGCUACAGCAGUGUAAAGAAGAAUUCAUUGAUGACAUUUCUGGGGGCAAACCCCUAGAAGUAGAGAUGGCAGGGAUAGAAUACAUGAAUGACGAUCCUGGCAUGGUGGAUGUUCUUUAUGCCAAAGUCCAUAUGAAAGAUGGCUCCAACAGGCUUCAGGAAUUAGUCGAUCGAGUGCUGGAACGUUUUCAGGCUUCUGGACUAAUAGUGAAAGAGUGGAAUAGUGUGAAACUCCAUGCUACAGUGAUGAACACUCUAUUCAGGAAGGACCCCAAUGCUGAAGGCAGGUACAAUCUCUACACAGCGGAUGGCAAAUACAUCUUCAAGGAAAGAGAAUCAUUUGAUGGCCGAAACAUUUUGAAGCUGUUUGAGAACUUCUACUUUGGUACCCUGAAGCUCAAUUCAAUUCACAUCUCCCAGAGGUUUACAGUAGACAGCUUUGGGAACUACGCCUCCUGUGGGCAAAUUGACUUCUCCUGAGGUGGAUCUUGGGAAACACUAUAAAUUGAACAUCCUCACAAGGUGCCGAGGGAAAGUACCUUUGUUUUAAUUACUGAGAACGGAUGGAGAAAUUCGGAUGGUGACUUUCCUGGGUGGUUCCCCAUACACACCAUGGUCUCUAAUGGUUGUCCACAGUCAUCAAACUGUCUGCCAGCCAAGAUGGUUGGAGGUACAUGGUGGUUGUGUAACUCUUGCGUGUUCAUUUUUCGUAGGAUCUACCUUUCUUUCUGAAGUUCCUCUCUGGACAUGUAUGUCUCAAGCUCAUGGGAGCAGAGAUUCACAUUCUCUCAUACACCAAUGAUUUUGCUCCAGCCAUUAAACUCUUUCAUAUUAAUACUUUAAAAGAGAAUUAAAGACUUGGUUUUGUUACUCUCCACCUAAA